AUGACGCUAGGGCCAGUAGUGACAGGAACUUCAGUAAUAGCUUUGAAGUACAAAAAUGGAAUAAUGAUUGCAGCAGAUAAGAAAGCUAGCUAUGGGAGUUACGCAAAAUUUCAAAAUGUCCAAAGAAUAUUCAAAAUAAACAAUAAAACAGUAAUGAGUUUUAGCGGCGAGUUAGGAGAUGCCCAGUAUUUACAUGAAUUACUUUCACGUGUUAAUGUAAACAAUGUAACAGAAAAAAAGAGUAAGUAUGAUGUACAUGAUACGAAAUAUUACCAUUCAUAUGUGAGUAGAUUGUUUUACAACAGAAAGAAUAAAAUAGAUCCUUUAUUUAAUACAAUAAUAAUAGCUGGAGUAAAUUCACAAGAAUAUGAUGACAAUGAUAAAAAUAUAUUACUCUUUUCAGAUAACAUAAAAAAGGAAGAAGCAUAUAAAGAUAUUGAUAAAAAUGAUUUGUAUAUUGGUUUUGUUGAUAUGCAUGGAACGAAUUUUGCUGCUGAUUAUAUGACUACAGGAUAUGCUCGUUACUUUGCUUUAACAUUGUUAAGAAAUCAGUACAAGGAUAAUAUGACUGAAGAUGAAGCUCGAACUUUGAUUAAUGAGUGCUUAAGGAUAUUGUAUUUUCGUGAUACAACGGCUUCUAACAAAAUACAGAUAGUUAAGGUUACUAGCAAAGGAGUGGAGUAUGAACAGCCAUAUAUCCUCGCCUGUGAAUUAAACUCGGACAAGUACGUCUACCCCUCCACAAUGCUGCCCUCUACAGGUUGCAUGUGGUAA